ACCAGCCCCGCAUCCGCCGCCGCCGCCGCCGCCACCGCCAUGGGAGUGCAGGUGGAGACCAUCUCCCCCGGAGACGGGCGCACCUUCCCGAAGCGCGGCCAGACCUGCGUGGUACAAUACACCGGGAUGCUUGAAGAUGGAAAGAAAUUCGAUUCCUCCCGGGACAGAAACAAGCCCUUUAAGUUUGUGCUGGGUAAGCAGGAGGUGAUCCGAGGCUGGGAAGAAGGGGUUGCCCAGAUGAGCGUGGGUCAGAGAGCCACUAUCUCCCCAGACUAUGCCUAUGGCGCCACUGGGCACCCAGGCAUCAUCCCACCAAAUGCCACUCUCGUCUUUGAUGUGGAGCUUCUAAAACUGGAAUGACAGGAAUGGCCUCCUCCCUGAUCUCCUCAUUCUUGGAUGUGCCAUGGAAGGAUCUGGCGCCUCCAGGUGCGCACAGCGAGUCCGUAGGGAGCUUUUCCCGAUGUUCCACUACACUCUUCGUAAAAACAUCUUCCCUGACUGAAUGUGUUCUGUCACCGGCUUUGCUCUUCCCCUUUCUCCUCGUGUGUGUGUUGACCUGAACUAUAUGCCAUAAACCUCAAGUUACCCAUUUUAGUUUGUUUUCGUUUUGGGGUGAAGAUUGAGUUUCAGUCCUUUGGAUCUAGGUUUCCAGUUAAGUACUAGUCAAGUAUUAACAGCACAAAUAAUGGGUUAACUUUAGAAUAGGAAUUGGUGUUGGGGGGAGUGCAAGAAUCUUUAUUUUAUCUUAUUUUUGGAUGAAAGUUUUAUCUAUUAUAUAUUAAACAUUCUUGCUGCUGCGCUGCAAAGCCAUAGCAGAUUUAAGGCGCUUUUGAGGGCCGAAUUAUUCUCCAAGUUGAGAGAUGUCCUCGGGUUGAAUUAAAAGCCCUACCCAAAACUGAAGUGGGAAGGGGAGAGCCUUUGCCUCCACUGUCCCACCCCCACCCUCCCCUUAACCCUCUUCCUUUUGAAAGCAGAUCAUUUUCACUGAGAUGUUGGACACUACAGGUGUGUG